AUGUCAAGGCCGAAAUCUAUUGUCCUAAGUCUUAAAGGGCGCAACAUCGAAGUUGAUGAUACCUGUGCGAACCAAGAAAAGAAACUAGAAACAUGCAUGUAUACCCUUUGGAUGAUCUGGUCGAAUAGAAACUGGUGUUUCCAUGAUAGCACGUGCGUAUCUGUAAGUGAGACAGCUUUCAAAGUGGGACGUAUGCUGAGUGAAGGAGGGGAGUUGUCGCAUACCUCAGACAGAGACGAUAAUGGCAGGGAGGUACUAGCGAAGUGGAAGCCGCCUGAAAAAGUCGAUUUUAAGAUCAACGUGGAUGCAGUGUUUGACUGCAAAACUUUGACAGCUGGGUUGGGGAUGGUAGUACGGGAAAAAAAUGGUAGAGUUGUGCUAUGUGCAGUAACGAACGUGGUGAACGUUCAAAGAUCUCUUCAUGCAGAGAUGAACGCAGUGCUGUUCGGGGUGGAUGGGUUUGAUGUAGUGGAGGUUGAAACGGAUGCAUCUAUAAUGGUAACGGAGAUUGACAAGGCUGGGGACUCGAACUGGGAAGGGACGGGAAUCACUUUGGAUGUGCUGAGCGCAGCUUUACAAUACAUAGUAUAUUGUUUCUUACAUGUUAACAGGACUGCAAACACUCUAGCUCAUAAUGUAGCCAAGAUUAGGGGAAAUGUGGGUUAA